UUGGGAUAAUUAGAUACAAUCGUACAGAACUUAUCAGGUAAAACUCGGCAGCAUCUAAAUAAAUAUACUUCUUUAAGAAAUUGUCCAUGAUAUGUCCCGAGUAUUUUUAAUGCUGGGAAAUAAAUUAUUUCUUAAUUGUUCAUAUGUCUUAGACGAAAUGUAUAUUAUUUUCAUCCAUAAUUUUUCGUUUCAGUCGAAAAAAAACUUCUGAGAAAUGGAUUUCACAAAUAGGAAAGACUUCUUGGUAGGAAGACUUCCCUUUAAUGAUGACAGAGAUAGCUUGGACAGCUGUUCCCUGGACAGCUAUAUGAACAGCGACGCCUCUUCUCUCGGUCACUCGCCUUCGUUCCAUGAGAGCGGCCGCUUGAUUCCAGGGAGUGCCUACACAGAGUUGACAGACUCCACACUAACCUUGACCCCACAGAGUGCCAGGUGGCGACCCCCCACUGGCUUCUCGCCAACCAGUCCACCACCGAUGUACUAUCACCCCGGUCAGUAUCAUGGUAAACACUGCCGAAAUGUAAUGGGAGUCAAGGGACAGAAAGGGACCAAACCUCAUGGGAUCCCUGGUAGAGGAUACCAACCGACACGAUAUGGCGGACAGUACGUAGAGGUCAGGCAUGUAGACAGAUAUGGCCACAAGUACAAGAGCACCAAGCUCCCUGCUAUCCAUACAAAACUUGCUUCUGUGUAUGGCAUCCCUCAGACAGUCGAGCCUAUAAGAUGUGCAACGGUGGUCCACAAAAACACCGGACAGCGAAAGACUGGCCCAAAGCAAGAGUCCAUCGGAGUGACCCUACCUCCCAUACACACGGGGCAUGCUCAAAGUCAAUGCAGGAAAAUCCAGAACAAAGCCACCAAGAAAACGGCCUCAGUUCAGGCCAAGGCGACCUCAGGGACCAUCCGAUCAGACCUGGAUGUCUUACAAACCCGUGCUAUGGCCCCACCCUUCAACACGUAUGUAGACGAGGCAGCAUCAGCCCGAUUUGUCCGUCAUUAUUACGACGAGCAUCGCUGAGUACAAAGGCAACUUUACAACCUAGCGAAGUAUUAUGAUGU